GCACUUCGUUCCCUUGACGACUUCUUUGUUACCUUCGAUAGGUUUGACCUUUCACACACGCCAGCGGCAACCCCCCUUUGGAAUCUAUUCUGUGAAUAAAUUCCAUAUUCCAUUCCUUACCGGACUUCCAGGCUACGGUGUAUAUCUUAACUUAAGAAUUUAGAUAAUUCACAAAAGUUUGUCGGACUGUAAUCGAUCCACUCAUUCUUUUAACGAACUAUCUCCAUAUCACUCGAAGCGAUAGCGAGACCUGCAAGUCCAGGACAAAUCACAUUCUCUUUCCAAUAAAGUCGUCGACAAAAAGAAGCUAGUCUUUUUUUUCUUCUCUUUUUUUUUUAACCAAAGGAACCAAAAGUCGUUUGUCAAUGAAGUUCUCAACAGCAACCGUCGCCGCCUUGUCGGUUUUCCUCCCUCAGAUUGUCUCGGCGCACUUAGUCAUGCUCGAGCCAAAGCAGUGGUUCGUUCCUGAAGUCAUCCGUGGUAGCGUCGAGACCAGUGAUAGUCAGCAGCAUCCUCUACAAGCCGAUGGAUCGAACUUCCCUUGCCAUGGCGUUGCUCCAGAGGGCGUUGUGGCAACAUAUGAGCCUGGGAGUACACAGAAGCUCAAGCUCCAGGGUACUGCAGUGCACGGUGGUGGAUCCGGUCAGAUGUCCAUCACCUACGAUCUCAAUCCCACGAAGGAUUCCAAGUUCCGUGUCAUGCAGUCGUGGCAGGGAGAUCAUCCUAUCAAGGCAGUUGGUAACUUGGGGCCUCAGGACAGAGAUCCACAAAAUCUUGGAGCGGCGUUUCCCUUGGAUAGUGUCAAUCCCCUUACCUUCAAGGUCCCGUCUAACCUUCCGAAGGGCAAGGCUGUAGUAGCCUGGACUUGGUUCAACAGGCUCGGCAACCGGGAAAUGUACAUGAAGUGCGCCACCGUCGAGAUCACUGGCCAGGAGACUUCCACCACGGGCUUCGAAGCCCUCCCGGAAAUGUUCCGCGCAAACUCCGGCAACGGCUGCACAGUCCCGGAGGGCGUCGAAUCCAUCGCAUUCAAGAACCCAGGGCCUGAGGUUGUCGGAAAGGGGGUCACCCCCGUCGCCUGCGACAAUACGAAGCCCGGCACUGGAACACCAACAACCCCCGGCAACCCCUCGAGCAGCAGCGUUGUUGCCAAACCUCCGAGCAGCAGCAGUGUCGCCAGCCCCCCGAACAGCAGCAGCAGUGUCGCCAAACCCCCGAGCAGCACCGUUGUCGCCAAGCCAACUGGUACCGGUACUGGCUCUGCUCCUUCUUUCACCCCUACUUACACCCCUGCUCCCCCAACGCAGCCCAAGCAGCCCAGUGGCACCCAGCCGGCCGCUACCACCCAGACCCCCGCUCCUUCCCCCCCUGCUCAGCCCGAGGCUGGUGGUGCUUGCGUUGAGGGCGCUAUCGUUUGCAAUGCGGACGGAACCUGGUCUCAGUGCGGGUCCGGCCGCCUUCAGAACAUGGGCCCGAUCGCCCCCGGCAUGACCUGCAAGAAUGGAGCUUUCGCGCGCCAGAAGCGAUCCAUCCGCUUCUCGCACGAUCACAUGCGUCGUCGUCACGCUGGCGCCGAGGUCUCGCAGUAGAACAAAUUGGAGUUGGCGGUUUGAAUUUCAUAGACCGGGAAGCGGGUGCACGAAUCUUAGUAUCUUUUCUCAUUUCUUCGUGUUUUUGUAUUAUUACUUUCUCAUUUCUUGUUUGGUCAUUUUUUGUUAUUUUUUGAUUGGUGUGGGGUGGGGGGCAGGUGUCGAUUAAAAUUACAAACAUGGGAAGGAGUGGAAAAAAUAUAAAAAAGGUCGUCGAACGACAUUUUAGUUGUGCGUUUCGGGGUUUGUAAUAUAACUAUAUACAGUGCCUUUGGAACUUUUUAAAAAACAUUUGG